CCCCAUACUUACCCAAAUGAUUUCUUAGGAGACGUCUUUGCACUUAUAUAAACCGAAGACUGUAUUUACGCCAGUUAAGAGAGCGACCAGUGAAAGUAACGGGGUGUGCCAGUAGCGGAAAUUUGCUCCAGUUUUCUUGGAACCUGAAUUGUUGUGGUCUUGGUCUCGAGCUAACGUCAUGCUUCUCUCCAGAAAGCUUCUAGUGUGAAAUAGCCGCCUCGUCUAAAUGAACUAGACAACCAUCAUCUGCAUUUGCCGAUAUAGCAACAAACCGAGAGACUGUCCCUUGCUGUUAUGCAUAUCUCUCCUCUCUCCAUCCUAGUAUUGAACAGUGUGCGAAUUCUGGCAGCUGUGGCCAUGAGUUCAACAUGUCCGGGCCUGUACUGUGGCAGGACGAUGGUCAAUGGAUCAGCGGAGGGAGAGUGUGGUGUUUGUCCUCGUGGAGAGCGGGCCAACAUCCAGAAGGUAUGUGAACGCUGCACUGAGUCCCCCGGGCUCUACGACUGGCUCUAUCUAGGAUUCAUGGCCAUGUUACCUCUAGUGCUGCAUUGGUUCUUCAUUGAGUGGUACUCUGGAAAGAAGAGUUCCAGUGCUUUGCUUCAGCACAUCACAGCCAUGUUGGAGUGCAGCGUGUCAGCUGUGGUCACUCUGCUGGUCACGGAGCCCGUGGGAACGCUCACUAUCCGUUCCUGUGGAGUCCAGAUGCUGUCAGACUGGUACACCAUGCUGUACAACCCCAGUCCAGACUACAUCAACACAAUACACUGCACCCAGGAAGCCGUCUACCCACUUUACACCAUUGUGUUAAUCUACUACGCCUUCUGCUUGGUGCUGAUGAUGCUACUGCGGCCUCUGCUGGUGAAGAAGAUAGCAUGUGGUCUGGGUAAAUCUGACCGCUUCAAGAGCAUCUAUGCUGCUCUGUACUUCUUCCCCAUCCUCACCGUGCUGCAGGCUGUUGGAGGAGGACUGCUCUACUAUGCCUUUCCCUACAUCAUACUGGUCCUGUCUCUGGUCACACUGGCUGUUUACAUGUCUGCCUCUGAGAUACAGUCUUUUAAAAACCUGGUUGCUAAGAAGAAGCGUCUGGUUGUCUUGUUCAGCCACUGGCUACUCCAUGCGUACGGCAUCAUCUCUAUCUCCAGACUGGACAAGCUGGAGCAGGACCUGCCGCUACUGGCCCUCGUGCCCGGUCCCGCCCUGUUCUACAUCGCCACUGCAAAGUUCACGGAGCCGAGCCGCAUCCUGUCUGAGGGCGGCAACGGACACUGAGCUGGUUUCAUCAGAAAUCAGCAGAGAGGAAAUUUCACUCAUUGCCACAGUCAAGUCUUUCAGCUUCUAAUCCUGAGCCAUCAGAAGACAGACAGCAGUGUGUCAGUCAUUAGUACUCCAGUGGGUUUGAAUGGGCUUGACUUCCUGGCCUUUGGUGUGACCAGACUUGCUCAGCCAGUUAGUGGCCAUAUUGUGACAUCAUUACAAUAGUAGAUUUUUCAUUAUGAAUGUGUUUCUGUUUAUGAUUUCUGAGCAGACUUUUUCACAUGGCGGAAUGGCAUCUUCCUUAACCAGCUGAAUAUAGAAAUCUUCACAUGGGAGUAAGAUGCCAUGAAAACUAGCUCUGUGCUCGGCUUGCACAAUCCAAGUUGAGAACUGCUCACUGAGAGCUCACGUACCUGUCGAUGACAUUUCUUGUUAGCGUAGUUGCCACGAAGGAUUCUGUAUAUUCCAAGCAGAUGAAUCUUUUAAGUAUUUUUGUUUAACAAGUUGACAAAUGCCAGUGAGAAGUUACCAAACACAGUCCAAAGUGAUGUCGUUAAAUGGCUCGUUUAGUUUUACAAACUGUCCAAAAAGCCGACGAACAGCAGUUCAGAGUGCUACUAAACAGAGCACACCUGCAAAUAGUCCGAGUGGAGAAGCUGCAACCAGACAGUGUUUGGUAUAUUCACUUGAUUAAAGAGCCGAACAAUUGAUUGAUUAUUGAUACAUUUUCUGGUACUACAUCUUAGUUCACAUCCUGUUUCCUCCUGAGACUCAAAUCCUAAAUUGAUUAUUUGACAUCAUCCCAGAGCGUGUUGAGAGAUGUUGUCUUGUGUUUUUGUGCAUGUUGUACAUUUUCUUGUAAAUACAGUAAAUGUCGUGAAUGAAGAGUGAUGGUGGCUUGGUUACUCAGACCACCUCAGGUCGUGGUGAAGAGAUUCUCUGGGCCUACUGUAUGUAUCAAAGUGCAACAGAAGUACACCAGGGCAACAUCCAGCCAGGACAGGGUUAACCCUGGUCCUUGCCACUCAUGUAUUAGCAUUACACUGUAGUCACAGCGCUGGGCGUCCAUUUCUCUGAAAGCGAAAUCCCUGGCAGUCUUUGACAAGUCCAGCUCUGACGGAUUUCCAGAAUCCUGCGAGACUCCUCUGAUCAUCUGGAUGAAAACAAAUCUGUCUGCUGAAUGAUGACAAUAAAUAUUUGUAACCAGUUUGAGUUUCAGGUGCGACUGUUUCUUAGCUGGAAGUGAUGUAUGACCUCGCUUGAUUUGCACAAAACAAAGUUAAAACGUUUUAUUUGCAUCUAUGUUUGUCUACAUUAAUGUUACUUUAUUUUAUCUAUUUAAUACACAAUAACACAUUUGUAUUUUUCACGUUUUGUACAACUUGAUGAGAAGAGAGCCUGGAUGGGAGAUCGACUCGCAGGCUUUGCAAUGGGGCGGAACACGGCUUCUUUUUUCAUCCGGAUGGUUAGAGAAGCCCUCAGAGCUGUAGCAGACGUUAAAACAUUGUGGAGUUUGUUUUUCAAAGGUUGCCAAGGAUUUAUCUUUCCCACUAACACACAUGACAAAAUGUCGGAGGCACAGACAUGUGAACAGGGUCGCUGCUGCGUAUUUGAGUGAACUUAACUAAAAUAGAUAGCAGCACCUGUCUGCUUUUGGGCUGUUGUUAGUUUAGUCGUCUAUGUCCUGAACCGAGCUGUAAUCCUUCCAAUGGCCUUCAGUGGUUUUCUGAGUUGAAGCUGCUAUAAUGUACUGUAUAUGUAUGUUAUUGUAAAUGUACGAAUGCUUGUAAAUCUAAGUGUCUUCCUGUUCAGUGGGAUUUGCUACGUGCACACACGCUCAAAUCGUUUUGCAACAGUGAGUAGUAGUUGAAGUUCAGUGUACCUACCUGUGUGAUUUCAUCUAACUCCUGACAAUACAUGUGCUCUCUAUCUGUCCUUGUAUCCGUUUAGGGAACCCUGUCAGCUUGAGCUCAAACCACGAGUACUUAUGAGCCACCUUUAUGAGUCUAUAUACCUGCUGUCAGAGGCAAACAUAUAGUGUGGUCCCUUGAGCGUCGAGAUGUUCUGCAUUUCCUGAGGUAAAGAGCAUGCAGAUGCAGCUGUGACCAGGAGACAUUUUACUGCCUUAUCCAAAUCUAAUCCAGCUCCAUCCAACACAAUAUGCAGAGCACACACAUCCACAGCAGCAACCUGUUUACAGAAGCAGUUAUGUGGAUCACUUUGCUGAAUGAAAAACCUGAACAGGCUUGUUCUACUAGUCCAUGUUCUUGAGUCGAGGGGUUUGACUCAGUAAAGUUAACCAGAGAACUUGCUAAACCUGCCUGUGGCUUGUCUGCACUUUGUUAGAAAAUGACUGAACACACCCAUAGGUUUGCUGUUGCCUCUCAAAGAAAGUGGUGCCAUCUUGAAACCACGGUAAAGCGUUGAGAAAGUCCCUUAUUUAAUUUCUCUAGAAAAGUAUAUAGCAGCACAUUUAAUAUACUGGCAAUCAGUCCAGAUUUUCAGAUGCUAUUCCUUCGGAACCUGCCUUGCUACCAUUUCCCCACCUCCCCUCUUUUUUGCCCUCUUCUUCCUCGUCUCAUGAAUUCAACAAAGACUAAAAGGGUCUGACAGAGUACCACUUCAAAACAAGAAAUGUCAUGACACUUUUGUGAGAAAUAGAUCACCUUUUUUCUUGCCCUACAACUACACAAACUGUUUUUGAACACAUUUGGCAGUGUGUAUGUGACCUAUAGAAAGUCGAGACAAUUGCUGCAACUCGUUGGUGCACCGACACCUUCCAACACUGUUGGUUGGUUUGACAUCAUUUCAGGUGAUGGAAUUGGGGAUGUGGUGAAUUGGCACUUGGGAAGCUACUCACUCCAGAACUACUAAGCCUUUACUCAAAGGAAAGGUACAGUUGGCCUGGAGCGAAUCGGAACCGGUGGGAGAAGGAGUGAGGUACUUGUUGCAUUGUCUCGGGAAUGGAUCCUUAGAAACAGGAAUCAAGCCAGAGGGAGGACCCAUUCACACGUUGUAAGCCUGACAGUCUUGAUGUGAGUAAGCAAGUCCAGGUUUUUAAAAGUCAACUGCCUCCUCCUCUGGAGGUCCAACGUUCCUGUGCUGUUAUUUUUAUUUUGUCUUCUCACGUCACUGUCAGGAUAUCACCUGUCUCCUCCACGCCCCUGCUAACGUUCAAGGAAGUCUGCACGCUUUCUGGCAUCAGGAGCAGAAAGAUGAUGUCUUCCAGAUCAUGAGGAUGGGUGAUGGAGUUUUUGGCAGUAAUGCUUGGGCUUGGAUGGUGAUGGCUGGAUGCAGUCCAGGUUUUUUGUUAUGCUGUCCCCGAUGUGCACUGUUCUGUAUGGGUGUAUGGUUUGUUUUAAUAUAACCGACAUACCUUUAGCCAUGCUAGCGGCACGGCUGUCCGGAUGGCGAUGUCUGUUAGUCGGUUAUUUGGCCCAUCACUCUUGUCCAGACUGAAGUACCUCAACUGCCAGUGGGUGGAUUGCCGCGAGAUUUUGUGAUUCCCAGUCGCCAAGUCCUAUUAACUUUGGUGACCCCGAGUGUUCCUCUAGUGCCACCAUGGGGUUGACAUCUGUCUUUGAGUGAUUGCCUUUUCAUUUGGUUACAUAUUCAAGCCCCCCUCAGGAUGAAUUGUAAGAACUUUGGUGAACUUUCCUCUAGCGCCAUCAUCAGGUCAAUACUUUAGUUUGUCCAGUACUUUGGUUUAAGACCAAAUACCUGCAAAAUGAGUUACACUCCCAUUAGCCUCAGCUGCAAUUUGUGUUUUGUGCUAAUUAGCAGCAUGCUAAUACACUAAACUAAGGGAACCAUGGUAAACAUUAUUGGUAAACAUCAGCAUGUGAGCAUUUAGCUCAAAUCACCAUUGUGCCAGACUGCAGCCUCACAGAGCUGCAAGCAUGCUCUCAGGCCUGUUAUUACACAGUAUGUUGAAUGUCUGUUAUUCUCUGUGUCAUAUGCGGAAGGCUGUGUGUAUUCUCUGUUCCUCCUGGCUGCAAGACGACGUCCUUCUUGGAGACAGUUAAGUUAAACAUGAAAGUUGACAGUAGUAAAGUACUGUACUUACACAAAUACAAUGUUGCAGUACAGUUUGAGGUAUGUUUCUUAUCAUCUUACAGUAUGCUAUUUCUACUCUACUACAUCUGACACUGAUAGAUGGAUAGCGUAGUGGAAAAAUACAAGUUCAUGUCCCCAUUUUAACCCUUUGUCUGCAGCACACGGUGUCUCAGUUCCUCUUGUCUCGCAUGUUAGUUUGCAGAACUGGAAAAACUCAUGUAUGGGACAAGGUAGCUGAAAAAGAUCUGAAAAUAAUCAAAAGAACCCCUUCCUUUACAUGCUCACCCUUGUGUAUGAAUGUUGAGCUGUCUUAAUGCUCCUUGCUCUCUUGCUGUGGAAACCCCAGAUCGCUGUAUGCAGUGAGCCCAUGUGCAUAUGGAAAGGACAAGUCCUUGGUGAAUGCUCUCUUUAUUACAGACUUUUU